AUGAUCGAGGAAAGCUCAAGCUCUAAGGAACAAACUGAGACUGGAGAAAACACCAAUCGCACUUAUAUGCCUUCACCAGUAUCUAAUCUGCCACAUGAAUCACUAAGUGUCACAGAACACGUAUCUUCACCCAUUACACCUCAAGAAGCUAGCACUAAUAACAACAACACUCUUCCUGUACCUAAUCCAUCUCAUACCAGACGAAAACGCGGUUUGUCUUUAAGAUCACAGUUGUUCAAUAAGGCGUUUAAUAUACACCAAGAAAAGACGCCUCUGGAUAGUGAUCAUUCAACAGUUGCAUCCAAACCAUUGGAUAAUAUUGAGCUUCAGCCAAUUUCCGAUCGGGUGCAUACAGCACCUCCACAAAUCAAUAUUGAUGAAUCGCCAGACCCAUUACCAGUUUACGAGUCCUCAUCCUCUUUUGCCAACAAAUACGAGCCUUAUAAUGUGUUGGAAUCUCAUUUGACAAAAUCUACAACUCAUUUGACUAUUGAUAGCAAACGAUCAAGUAUCAGCUCAUCCUCAUUUAUGUCAAAGAGACAACGCUUGCAUAACACCUCACAGAAUCGGUUUUGGAGGCGACUAAAGCUACUAAAGAAUAAGCUUUUGGGUGUGAAGAUUUCACAAUCAACAGAAUCUGGAAGAAUUAUUCCUCUUUCAGUGAAUCCAGGUGGAGUAAAUGGUUAUUAUCAAGAUGAAUAUUACUGCCCAAGAUCAAAAGCUUACAUCGAUGAAAGAACUAAUGAUCCGUAUGUCAACAAUCUCAUAACUUCGUCGAAAUACACAAUUUAUUCGUUUCUUCCAAAACAACUACGAGCUCAAUUUUCUAAAAUUGCCAACUGUUAUUUCAUGGUGGUUGCAAUAAUGCAAAUGAUACCCGGAUGGUCAACUACAGGGCAGUACACUACCAUUAUCCCAUUGUGUAUUUUUAUGUCCAUAUCAAUGGCAAGAGAAGGUUUUGAUGAUUGGAAGAGGCAUGGACACGACAAAGAGGAGAAUAGCAAACUUACCACAGUGAUUAGAGAAGACGAAGACUUGAGUAACUUUGAUACUCACUCCAUCAACACCAUUUUGACUGAAACUAUUUCAGUAGUUCCUGGGCGUGUUUCAAAUUCAGCUGCUUUACCCAGUCUGUCAGUCAACUCCUCUUUAUCUGAUUUGGAGGACUCCCUCACUGUUGAGAAUCUCCUGUUUACCAACAAAGAUGCCAUGCGAAGAUACAAUUUGAAGGAAGUGCCUACAAAGUGGAAGAACGUCAAAGUUGGAGACAUUGUGAAAAUCAACGAGAACGAAUGGUUUCCAGCUGAUGUGAUUUUGAUUGCAACAAGUGGAGAUGACUUGCAAGAGGCAUUUGUUGAAACCAUGGCUUUAGAUGGAGAGACAAACAUGAAGUCAAAAUUCCCUCACCCGGAAAUAUCUAAGAAAGCAAGAACUGCGCCCGGGUUGAAGAACUUACACACUUUAAUUACCACCGAAGACCCAAACAUUGAUUUGUACAACUUUGAGGCAUCAUUUUACAUGAAUGAACAGGUAUACCCCUUGGGUCCUGACAAUGUGGUUUAUCGUGGUAGUAUUUUGAGAAACACGGAAUCGGUCUUGGGAAUUGUUGUAUUCACAGGUGAGGAAACGAAAAUCAGAAUGAACAACAUUAAAAAUCCCAGGACCAAAGCACCCAAAUUGCAAAAGAAUAUCAACUAUAUUGUCAUUUUUAUGGUCUUCGUCGUGGUGAUGUUGUCUGCAUUUUCAACUAUGGCACAACGUCUCAAAUAUAACCAAAACAAGAGCAAGGCGUGGUAUCUCUACGAAGAAGAUGCUGGUGUGGCAGCGACAUUAAUGGGAUUUAUCAUCAUGUACAACACGUUGAUUCCAUUGUCACUUUACGUCACCAUGGAGAUUAUAAAGGUUAUGCAAUUGUGUUUCUUACAGUUUGAUAUUGACAUGUAUGAUCCAAAAACAAAUACGCCAGCGGAUGCCAAGACUGCAACCAUUUUGGAAGAAUUGGGACAAGUGUCAUACAUCUUCAGUGAUAAAACGGGUACUCUAACUGAUAACAAAAUGAUAUUCAGGAAGCUAAGCGUUUGUGGAGUGAGUUGGCUACAUGAUUUGGAUCUUAUGGUUAGCGAGCGUGAAAAUCCAGGUGAUCAAGAUGCUAUCAGCUUGGUACAAAGACAAAGCAUGCAUAUUCCAAGACUGUCAACCCUGCAAGCCUUCAGCGGUGCUACCGGCACGAAUAGAUUUAGCACCACUUCAAUUGCACGUGAAAGUAUGGACAUCAGGCAAUCCGGGUUAAGUACAAAGACAUGGGUUUCCACGGCACAGCCACAUAAAGUUCAAGAUACUCUAAACACGUUGCAAUUAAUCAGACACUUGCAAACAAAUUCACAGACUAUGUUUUCACGCAAGGUCAAAUUUUUCUUAUUAUCGCUAGCAUUGUGCAAUACUUGUUCCCCUAUUAAGCAAACCCAGAAGAAAUUCAAAGUCAGCGACUCGUGCUCAUCGUUGGAGGAUAUUUUGGACACGGAUGAUGAUGCGGCACUCACUUAUCAAGCUACCUCACCAGACGAAAUUGCAUUGGUGCAAGCAGCCAGGGAUUUGGGUUACGUAAUUUUUGAUCGUCAAUCUGAUAAAUUGAGAAUAAAGACAUACCCUGAAGGUUUUGAUAAUGACCCAGUUGUAGAGGAGUAUCAAGUCUUGGAUGUGAUUGAGUUUUCAUCUGCUAGAAAGAGAAUGUCAGUGAUUGUAAAGUUUCCAGAUGGUAGAAUUGCAGUCAUUUGCAAAGGUGCUGAUAAUGUUAUAUUAGAACACUUGAAAAACUCCAAACUUGCUAAAGAGAAAGCAAAAGACAUUUCUAUACAGUCAACUGAAAGAAAAAUGCAGGAAGCCGAUGUGGUUUUACAAUCACGGUUCUCACAAGAUUUGGAAUCGAGAAAAUCAGGGUUUUCAUUGCGUCAGAGCUUAAAUUUGGGUGACCCUCGGAUGAACACUAUUGAUAACGCGUUAAUGGGAUUUGAUGAGGAGGAAGAGGAAGAAUUGGCUGGUAUUGCUAACCAAGCAAGAAUGUCGCUACAUCUUCAACAAGCCAAGAAAUACAGCUUGGGGAAUAAAAAUGCCUCCCCAAGCGAGGCACAAACAAAUACAGUUGGACAUCACCAAUUCAUCCCAAAUGACAAACUCAUACUCAAUGAUGAAUUUGUAAUUGAAAAAACAUUGGAACAUGUUGAGGAAUUCUCAAUUGAAGGAUUGCGUACGUUGCUCUACUCGUUUAAGUGGUUGACCCAGAGAGAAUUUGAGGAAUGGCAUAAUGAGUAUUCUGAGGCUAAAACGUCAUUAAAGGAUCGCGCACAAAUGGUGGAAGAUGUGGGAAGUAAAAUUGAGCAUAAUUUUGAAUUGUUGGGUGCAACAGCGAUUGAGGACAAACUUCAAGAUGGUGUCAGUGAAGCGAUUGUGAAACUUCGUAGAGCAGGAAUAAAAAUGUGGAUGCUAACAGGAGAUAAGAGGGAAACUGCCAUAAACAUUGGGUAUUCAUGUCGUCUUAUAAAGGAUUAUUCAACUGUUACUAUCUUAUCCAUUGAUGAGGGCAAAAAAGUAGUUUCUGAGAAAAUUUCAUUGUUUUUAAAGAGCAUUCAAGGUGGGAGAAUUGCUCAUAGUGUCCUUGUCAUAGAUGGUGGAACUUUGGCAGAGAUUGAGAACGACACUCAAUUACUGACCCGAUUUUUUGAGCUUUGUGUGGAGGUCGAUUCAACAGUGUGCUGCCGAGCAUCGCCAAGUCAAAAAGCAAACAUGGUUAGUUCUGUGCGGUCAUUGAGAAAAAAGGCGGUGACUUUGGCAAUAGGAGAUGGUGCUAAUGAUAUUGCGAUGAUUCAGAGCGCAGAUAUCGGGGUUGGAAUAACCGGGAGAGAAGGUUUACAAGCUGCAAGGUCAGCAGACUAUGCAAUUGCGCAAUUUCGCUUCUUACUUAAGCUUUUGUUGGUUAAUGGACGCUACAAUUAUGUGAGGACAUCCAAGUUUGUAUUGUGCACAUUUUACAAGGAGCUUUUGUUCUACUUGACUCAGUGCAUUUAUCAAAGAAACACAUUGUUUUCCGGGUCAUCCAUGUACGAAAGUUGGUCGCUAUCAAUGUUUAAUACUUUGUUCACGUCAUUACCUGUUCUUUGUAUUGGAAUGUUUGAUAAAGAUUUGAAACCGGCCACGUUGAUUGCUGUUCCCGAGCUUUAUUCUAAAGGACGUUUGUAUCAGGCAUUCAAUCUUCGAGUAUUUCUUUCUUGGAUGAUAUUAGCAACGCUCCAAAGCGUGGGGGUCGAAUUUCUAGCUUUGUACAUUUGGGGAUUUACAGGGUUGCGAGACAAUACUACAUUUGCAUUGGGUUCCUUGGUAUUUUCAGUUUUGGUAAUUAUCAUCAAUGCCAAGUGCACCUUGUUGGAAAUGCAGAAUAGACAAUGGCUUUCAUUUGCGUCAUUUAUAAUCUCGGUUGGUGGGUUGGCAUUGUGGAAUGUCUUGAUCAUGUUUCUUUAUAGACUGAAGGAAUCCACCAUAUUCUUUGUUUCAUAUGGGUUAACAACAUGGGGGUUGGAUCAAAGUUGGUGGGCAACAUUACUUCUCUUGGUGACUGUGCCAUUAUUUUUCGAUAUUUUGAUCAAGGUGUUUAAAUUCAUGUUUAGUCCAAGUGAUGAUCAAAUUUUCCAAGUUUAUGAAAAAGAUAUGAAAUGGAGGAAACUAUUCGAACAAUCAGCAUACAAGGAAUUGUUUCAAGGUUGGACAUUUCCUCGUGACCCAUCAACCACAAAGACUCAAAUUCUCAAACUCUUGAGCAAGAUUGGCAUUAAUGUAGAUUUGAAAACAGGAAAGAACAUUGAAUUACCUGCUAAUGAAGAUGAGCUUUACAGCCAAUCAGCACUCAAUAGAAAAAGAGCGGGUACCAACCCAAUGGAUCAUGAACUUCCUCCAAGCGGUGAUGGAGUUGGUGUUUAUUCCAACGAUAAUCAACCAUAUGAAGUAGUUGAUGCUGAUGGGUAUGAGAUUUUGCCCAGUGGGAAACGAGUCAAGAUUAAAACAAGAGAAAGAAGAAGCUGGCCGCUCUCUAAAGCCUUCGGUAUGAAAAAGAAACGAGCUUCAACUGAUUCUGAUGAAGAUGUUGAUGCAAUUAUUGAUAAUCGGUUGAAAAAUUUACGUGAGGAAGAAGAGGGUAGAUAG